AGCUAAAGAGCCGACAAUUUUUUUUUUUUUUAGCUCGCCUCCAAAAUUCGUUGCACUGAAUCAAUAGCCGAUAGUUUUAAUGGUAACAAUCAAACUUUCAAGGUUUCAAUAGUUUUGGAAUUAUUAAAUUUAAAAGUAGAGCUGCCGUAUAAAGUAUCCUUUUCGGGCUCUCCAACUGGAGUGUUAUUCAAUUGAGCAAAUUUCUUAUGGAUUAUAUUAACAAUACCUUGAGAACUUUAUGUACCAGAAACGAGGAACAAUCUCUUACCCGGGUCGUCCGAGUUUUCAAAAGCCGAAAUAUGAACAGCUGCAACAUCACGAACAUCAACAAAUAAAAGAUGAAUAUCAGAUAUUUUAUAAGUGGGAGAAAUAUUUCUCAAAUAGGGAAUCCCCGAAUUAUAGUGUCAAGUAUUGCUAUUUUACUCACAAUCUUUGUAUUGAUUGAAACUACAGCAACAAUCAGAAGAGACAGCGUAUUGGGUAGUAACAUAUUUCAAUUGCUUCUGCUGUUGUUAAAACAUGUUUCUUUGUAAUUAAUGCAUGUUGACUGCUUGCGUUAAUGAAUGAAUUUCUUUAGUGGCUUACAUUAUAGUAUCAAUUAUUUACAAUCUGACUAAAUUAUCUUCAGCUAUAUCCUUUUUAAGAUUUUGAAUUAGUAAAUUAAAUGAGAAAUCACUUUGCAGAGUAUAUUUGUUGAAUAGUAUCAA